CAACAACACAACUUCAAAUACUUGAAUCUGAUCGAUAUUUCUCUUCUCUUUCAUCUCUCAACAAUGAAGAUCAUGAAAGUAGUCUUCAUCAUCGCCAUAGCAAUGGCCACAGUCAUCGCGGUCAACUAUACCAUCACCUUCACCGGGAACAAUGAGGAAGAAACAAUGGUCACUGAAACACCAUACGUGAAACCGUUUCCAAAAAGGUUAAGUCGUUUUCUAGCCGAAACCAAGAACCCUCGAGCUGCAGACCACUGCAACAAAGACGACGAGAUUUGCUACAUCUUAGAAGGCAAAAACUCGACUUGCUGCAACAACAAGUGUAUGGAUUUGAGCGAGGAUAAGCAUAACUGUGGAGCAUGCAAGAACAAGUGCAAAUUUACGAGUUCGUGUUGCGGAGGGCAGUGUGUGAAUUUGGCUUAUGACAAGCGGCAUUGUGGGUCGUGUGGCAACAAGUGUAUGCCUGGUGGUUAUUGCAUAUACGGGCUUUGCAAUUACGCCUAAUCAAAAUGCAUUAUUUAAUCUCAAUCGUAUGUAACCGAUCAUGUGUUUGAGAGGUUCUACAUGCAGUACGUACUCGAUUGAUCAUACUUUAACUAAUUAUUCAUAGGCAUUUGCUGUCAAUAAUAACCAAGCUCAGCCUGGUUACGCAAGUAUUAAUUGAGGUUACU